UUAUAUAUAAUCACAGAAUUGCAUCUAGGGUUGAAUCUAGGGUUUUUCGUCGCUGCAGCCUCACAGUCGUCUCUCUAGCUCGUUUGCGAUGGCCAAGAGAACCAAGAAGGUUGGCAUUGUUGGUAAAUAUGGCACUCGUUAUGGUGCUAGUUUGAGGAAGCAAAUCAAAAAGAUGGAAGUCAGUCAACACAGCAAGUACUUCUGCGAGUUUUGCGGCAAGUAUGCUGUGAAGAGACAGGCUGUUGGCAUUUGGGGUUGCAAGGACUGCGGCAAAGUGAAGGCCGGUGGUGCCUACACAAUGAACACUGCCAGUGCUGUGACCGUCAGGAGCACUAUCAGAAGGUUGAGGGAGGCUACUGAGAGUUAAAUUUUAGGAAAGACGGUGUGAAUUUUGAUUUCUCUAUUGUUAUCCUUUCUCAUUUUCGUUAGACUUGGGUGUUUAUGCUUUCUCAUCAAAACUGAGGCUUAUAUCGGUCGAAAGUGCAGCUGUAACUUGAUUUUGAAUGAUGUUUACUAUUAUACGUAUUUGUUUCAUUGAUGUUGUA